UGCGCACAGUCCCUGUUGCCGUCCUCGCAUGCCUAGAUCAGAGCACCAGAGCGCGACCGAUCGUGUCUACUCCCCAAGGACAAUGUCGACAGCUGAAUCAUGAUUUCGCUAGUCCUGUCGCAGUCUUCAGAGAUUCAGACAGUGCUGCCACGGGCACGUGCUGACACAGCCAUGACACUUAUGCAAGAUGUUGGGGCUCAGCACGGGACGAAAAUGGAGGUCGACCGGAGCCGAGCGAGGGGUCUCUCGGAGGACAGGCACUCGGAAGAUAAUGACAGUGACCAGGGUGGUGAUGGGCAGGGCAAGAACGAUGGCGACUCCAACUCGGAUGGUGGUCCUGCUCGGAAACGGAGACGUAGCCGCAAGGGCCUCGAAAAGAAGUUUGAAUGCCCGACCGAAGGGUGUGGGAAGAGCUAUUCCCGUGCAGAACACUUAUAUCGGCACCAGCUGAAUCACGCUCCAAAACAAAUAUACCGGUGCGAUUUCCCGGACUGCAACCGCACAUUUGUGCGCUUGGACCUGUGCAACCGCCAUAAAGAUCGACAUUCGGCGAAGGGCUCAACAUUGAGUCGGCGGGACUCGUUGGUUGGUCAGUCGUCUCCAGUCGAGUCCAUUAGACCUCAGCUCGGCAUGACGAACAGCCCAGCAUCACCAGAAGCCAUGCGCCCCUCUAGCGGCUUCCUCAAGACACAGCAGCCGGGCUAUCAGUACCAAACACACAGGGAUGGCAGUACUGGUUCUUAUAGUCCGGUGGCAAACAGCGCUUCGGUGGGAUAUGCGCCCGCCGUGUCUACAAAUGGGGUCGCGACAUACCAGAGUCAAGAAUCAGCCGCGUACGGAAACGGGCACGGAAGUGCCCAGUCGCCUGACACUCGCCGGCAGGCUCAGCGAAGCAACAGUGGCAACUAUGGAGUGCUCUCCCCGGUGCCGACACAGCACGGUGCCUAUCAUGGUCCUCAGUCACAUGCGCCACAAUCUGCGCCCGCAAUGCCAUAUGUCGCGCCGCAGAAUUUUCCGCCGUUCUCCUUGCCUCCAUCCGACUAUUCGGCAGCGCCGGUGUCGAACGCGAUGCGGGACUCAUCCCAUGGCUUUGAGCCCGAUCCGGCUGGCGAUUACGUCGAUCCGAGCCAGAACCAAGCGUCCGCCGACAUGAUGCUCCUAGACCAGAUUGGGGCGCAGCCGACAACGAUCCCUGUCUUUGGUGAAGGGUUCUCCAACAAGUCACCAUACUCGUCGAUUCCUGAUGAUCUCGUGGCGUACCUGUUCAGCACCGGUGCUCCUGACGCGUCGCCCACCAUGGGGCAAAUGAUGUCAGGCAACCAAUACUCUAGCUAUGGCGACUACCAAACACAGUAUAGCGUGCCAUAUUAUGGACCUGAUGGAGGGCCGCUUGGCUUCUUUCCACCGUCGAACCAGCCGCAGCAAGUCAUGUCUGUCACGAACUUGCUUGACCAGAAUCUGCCAGAGUCUCUACUGUCUGAGGAGAAGAGCCAGGAACUUUUUGAUUUCAUCAAGGACAGGUUCCAUGAGAACGAUCACGCGCCAGUCGAGCGUCAACGCGACAACAUACUCGAGGGCAACCGGGGUGACGACACUCACAUGCUGAGUCGCAGGAUGAUGCAACAGUACAUUGGCUCUUAUUGGCUUCACUUCAGCGACCAGAUGCCAAUACUGCACAAACCGACCUUUUCACCCGACAAGACGCCAAACUUACUCUUGCUUGCCGUCAUCUCCAUCGGGGCUGCCUGCCUUGAUCGAACCCACAGCCCUCAAGUGACUAGGGCUGGCGCUCAGCUCUCCAAUUUCUUGGCGUGGCAUCUCAGGUGGGAGAUCUUCAUGGAUGUCAAUUUCCGGCCACCAGCCAAACUCUGGAUCUUCCAGACUUUGAUCCUGCUGGAAUUAUACGAGAAGAUGUACUCGACAAGAGAGCUCCAUGAGCGAGCUCACAUUCAUCAUGCCACGACCAUUACCUUGAUGCGCAGGGGCCGAUCAUUGAUUGGAAGAUCUGCAAUGGACUCACCGCCGAAUCCCCGGGACGACAAGUCUGGCAUGAAUGGAUCUCGCCAUUCGUCAACCUCGGCCCAAGCCCAAACACCCGAUGAGUGGUGGAACCACUGGAUCACAAACGAGACGACACGGAGAACGGCGUUUGCUGCGUUCCUCCUGGACUCGAUCCAUGCCACCAUGUUUGGCCACUCGACGGUCAUGGUCGCUCAUGAAAUGCGGCUCCCGUUGCCGUGCGACGACCAGCUCUGGAAAGCCACUAGUGGAGCCGAGGUAGGCAGGAUCGAGUCAAACUUGAUGUCGAAUGGGAUCAAGCCAAUUUCUUUUCUCGAAGGCCUCAAGCGGACGCUGGGCCACCAAGAGGUCCGGACGAACCCAUUCGGACGACAGAUUCUCAUGGCCGGGUUGCUCAGUGUCAGCUGGCACAUGAACCAGCGAGACCUGCAGAUCAGCACGUUGGGCAACGGCAUCACGCAGGCGUUGGGAGGUCGUGAUAAAUGGCGGUCGACUUUGACACGGGCCUUUGAUUCUUGGAAGACCGAUUUCGACAAGUCGCUGGAGCGCAUCGAGGCGGCAGCUGAUCCCUACAGCUACGAGAAGCGAGGCGAUUCAUAUGUCGUGUUUGAAAGUCGCAAUGUCCUGCACCACUUGGCCCACAUGGCCAUGCACGUGGACAUAGUGGACUGCCAGAUCUUUGCAAGGGCCAAACGGCUACUUGGGCGGGCCAUUGGUUCGCACGAUCUGAACAGCGCGCAGAGGCGGAUGAAGGACCAGUGGGCGCCAUCGGCAAAAGCAAGGGAUGCGACCUUCUACGCUCUCAAGUUUCUUUGCUCGGUACUGCUGAAGGAGGACACCAGCUCGCCGCAAUCCGACGGGACCAGCAGCGUGUCCGGAGUACCAUACGUUGCUCGAGACGAUGUGCUGCUGAACCGGCCGUGGGUCAUGUACUUUGCCGCCUUGUGCAUCUGGUGCUACGGAUAUGCUCUGGAGGGGCCGUGUCCUAAGGCACCGGUGCCAACCUCACAGCCCGAAAAGGUCGAGCAGAUGCGCAACUACCUGCAACGUCUUGGGUCAGUGAGCUCCCCAGAGGAUCUGAAGCUGAUGCGAGGGAUCAACCAGAAUAGUGCGCUAUUGAUGGUACUGAAGGACUCGUUUGCGUCGACGCGGUGGGAGCUUCUGCACGAGGGCGCGAAUCUGCUGAGCAACUGCAUCCAGCUCAACGCCACGCCGGCUCCAUGAUAGAGCCAUCCUUGGGGGGUUAGAGGGGGGAAGAAAACGACCAGACGGGGGACGAUGCCAUGACGUGUUCUUGUUGCAUUAGCCAGCGAACCCUAUGAUUUUGC